AUGCCUGAUGAAGCAGAAGCAGAACAGGAUACAAAGCUAGACCCAACCACCCUGGAAUGGCAUCUGGAACCAAGUUGGGCCACAGAGGGCCAGACAUUCUACAUUCACACAAACUCUGGGGCAUUCGGAAUCAUACAGGUCGUAUACUCUACAAUGAGUAUGAGUCCCUCAGUGCAAUUAUCAGCUGUAUACCAUAAAGGAGACGGAACCAGCAAAAGAUCGACAUUCAGUCACAACGGAACCGACUUUAUCAUGUCCGAAGACCGUCGCUCAACCACCUGCCAACAAGCGUCAAUUAAAUUCAACGAAAAAGACCUAUCCUAUAAAGUAAAAUACGACGCCGGCCCAGAUCUAGUAUUCGACAUCUCAUUCGUCCCCGUAGACGGAGGCUUCCAAAUGGCCGAUAGUGGAACUUCAUUCUCUUCUGCUGACGAUGCCGGUUACGUAUCUACACGAUUUAUACCAAAAGGGACUGUCAAGGGAACAGUCACUAUAGAUGGUAGCACAGUAUCGUGUGAUGGAGCGGGACUGAUGGUGCAUGCAGUACAGAUGAAUCCACAUCAUGUAGCAAGAUGGAAUUUUGGGGAUUUACAGGCUGGCGAUGAUGGACUCAUGUUUUAUCAAUUUGAGCUACCUGAUGGACAAGACUUUGAAGUGAAUCUAGUCGCCACCGGUGCCAUAGUCCGUAAAAAUAAGACUAUAGGGAUCACUCUUGAUGGCUCUGUCACUCAUGUCCAACGUAAAAUGGACGAUGCAUUUGGGUACAACAUCCCCACCAAGGUCACUGUUGCUCUAACUGGAAAGACAACAGAUGGUAAAAACGAGGAUGUCAAGAUUGAUAUGACGCUAUCACCUGGUGAAUGUACUGAUAAGAUUGACUUGUUGAGUGAGCUGCCUUGGAUUAUAAGAACGUUUGUCCAGACGUUUUUGAGUAAGCCGAUAGUAUACCAGUGGUUUCAAGAUGCCAAGGCCUCCAUCACUGUUGGAAAGGAUUCGUUUACUCUAGAGGGCAAGAUGUUUUAUGAGGUUGUACUUAUGGCCGAGUUGCCCAAAUAG